GGUACAGAUAACUUAUGUUAUUGACUUGACAUUUUGUUCAUUGAAGUGAAGCGGCAGUUUGUUACUACUGGAAGUAGAGUCUAAAUCAAGGACAAAACAACUGAACACUUUGUUUUAUUCUUCAGUCAAAAAUGCGCCCUAGAGUUCAGGUCAAAUAUGUUACAGAACACAUGAACUAUUUAGAAGAAAAGAUACACGUCAUUAAACCUGUGGUUGAAGCUUUGCAAGCUGCUGUAGACAAAAGUAAGACUUGGUUAGAAGAUAAAAGUGACAACAAAUCUUUGACAUACUGUGAUCUAUGUCAAGAACUUGAAUCAGCGACCACAGCCAUGUUGGAUGUAGCGGCACAUAUUUUAGAGGAAAAUAAAGACAUUGUUGAAGAUGGAAGGUCAUUUUCAUCUCAGUCUACCUCAAAAACAAUAGCAACAGAAAAAUGUGGCACUAGUCAGUCAACAGAUCAAAUUCUUAACGAACGUUAUAAACCAUCAGAAAUAUUGAGUCGACUUGAGCAGAUAGAGACAGCCAUAUCUUCUCUACAAGAUGUCAGUCGACUUGAGCAGAUAGAGACAGCCAUAUCUUCUCUACAAGACGUCAGUCGACUUGAGCAGAUAGAGACAGCCAUAUCUUCUCUACAAGACGUCAGUCGACUUGAGCAGAUAGAGACAGCCAUAUCUUCUCUACAAGACGUCAGUCGACUUGAGCAGAUAGAGACAGCCAUAUCUUCUCUACAAGACGUCAGUCGACUUGAGCAGAUAGAGACAGCCAUAUCUUCUCUACAAGACGUCAGUCGACUUGAGCAGAUAGAGACAGCCAUAUCUUCUCUACAAGACGCCAAUGACAAGUCUACAGAUGACAUAUCAGAAAUAAAACAAUGGAGAGACAACUUUGUAACAGAACAGAGUGACAUGACGGUAAACAUUGAACAACUAGCUAAAAAACAAAAGCAGAAUUUUAAAAACCUCAGAAAACAAAUCAGUGAACAAGAUAACAAAGUAAAGGAGCUGAACAAAGAAAUUGAAAGUUUAAAAGAAAAAGAAACCAAGUCAAACAAAACACAAGAGAAACUGUCCCUAGAUAUGAAAGAAUAUGAAAACAACUUACUCAAAAUAAAUAAAAAGAUGCAAGAUCAUGCAGACAAAACAGACAGUAUAACUCAAGAAAUGAAAAGACAUUCUGAUAAGAUGUCUACCCUACAAGAAGAGAGUUCUAAAAACAUGCUGAAUACAUCAACUCAAUUAGAAAAGUUUGAUGUACAAACUCCUACAACAGAGAUUAAUGCCCAUUGACAAAAUGAUUCAAAUUUUUAACCAGAACUUUGAAACUAGGGAAGAAAGAAAAACGAGGGUGGAAAAUAUUGAAGAUGCCAUUUCAAAAUUGUCAAAAGAUUUGAAUCUAAUAGAGUCACGUGUAUGUAACAGAUAUGCUUGUCAUGUACAGCUUGCUCAACCCAA